UGUCUGCUUCUGGGACUCUGACUAAUGAAGGGCUCAUGGGGCCAGCUUGGAUUUGGGGAAUAAGACAGUCCCCUGGUUCCACCGGAUGGUUCUCAGAGCAAACCAUCACUCCUUUGCUUGCCUAGGAGGCUUUGGGGAAAGAUGAUGGUGAGCACUUCAGGAGAUGGAGAGACGUGAUACAGGCCGCGGGGCAGUAAGCCGGAGAGAAGCCUCCGUGAGGCAAGAUGGCUUAGCCUCACAGGAGACUCGCAUGGGGGAGGCAGGAGAAAAUGCGAGCUGGCUGCUCAGGUUAGUAGGAAAGGGCUCCCUCGGGUGCGUUCCAGAUGGGCACCUCCUCAUCCAGCAUCAGGCAAAGGAGCCAGUCCGUGCCAGCUGCCCCGUCCCGGGCGCUCAGUGAGUCCCGGCCCCGUAGGUCCUGGCUGGGGCUGCCAGCCUGCAGACCCAAAGCCCGGUCAGCUGAAUCUUUAUUCACAACAGGAUGGAUGUCGGGUUGAAUACAUUAGUGUCAGGCCGGAGGAGCGGGACGGAAGCUCCCCUUAGCGCUGGUGGUACUUCCUCUCUCCCGCACUGUUCCCCCCUCCCCGCCCCCACUCUCUGUCCAUCAUCUUCUCCUCCUGAGCAUCCCCUCCUGCCAUCCCUCCAUCACUCCGAAGGGCAGGCUUUGGCAACAGGGGGGCCGGACUAGGUCCUUCCCACCCUCUCCCAGGGAUUUUGGGGGUGGGCAGAGGGCACAGCAGGGAGAAGCCACGCAGCGAAUUAAAGUUUGGUGAUUGUCAGUGUCAGGAGAAGCUAAAUAACCCUGUAACUAGUAUGAAGGUGAAGUCACGGCCUGCUGCACAUGGAAAAUAUGAGUGCUCUGGGAGACAGGGAGAGUGAGCGGCAGAGUCUGCCCGCCGUGGUGGGCAGCCUCCUCUCCAGGGACCCAGCCAGAGAGGCAGGAGGAGGGCCAUGCCCUCUCCCAUCGCUACCAGGGAACAGCCGCCCAGGACCCCCUCCACAUAUGAGGGGCAGCUCAGCUGCUUAACAACCUGCUGGCCCAGCACUGGGGACCCGGGCAGAUUUCCGUAGGCACCCAGCAAUAUACACUCGUGGAUGCCAACCCAUCCGCCUGGGGCCAUGUCAGUCCUUCCUCGCUCGUCCCUACUAGUGCUUACUCUGUGCCAGGCUGUGUGCUUUGCCCUGUAGGACAACUCUGUGCAGUAAGUGCUAUUGUUCUUCGCCCCCCCUUUUGUCCCCACUUUUUUAUAACCCACUUUACUGAGCUAUAGUUUACACGCAGUGUACAAUUCAUUGGCUUUUUAGUAUAUUCCCAACAUCGUAUGGUCGUCACCACUAUCUAAUUUUAGAAUGUUUUCAUCACCCCAGAAAGAAACCCCGUACUCAUUAGCAGUCACUCCACCUUCCAUCCCCAGCCCUGGGCAAUCACAAAUUAUUCUCUUUGAUGCUGAGAAAAUGGAGGCUCAGAGAGGGUCAACAACCUGAUCAAGGCGGCACAGCCAGUGAGUGAUAGAGCCGGGGUUCAAACCCAGGUAGCGGGACUCCAGAGUCACUGCUCCUCGAAGGACCGCCCGAUGUCUUGGCUGCGCCCCCCUCCCCCCAACAUGCCCUGCUACACGUUGCUAACAGCCCGGGCUCAGGCGUGUGUGAGCACCAUCCAGACACGUAGGCCCGGGCGGCAACACGCAUCUCUCUCCCGAGGUAGACUUGCGAGUCCAUACAGAAAAAUCUCACACCCCUCGGAAGGACAGCCAACGUCCCCUCCUCUUGAACCUUCUCUUCCAAGCCCAGCUCCUGGAAGGGAGGGUUGGCUGGCACAGGAACCAGCAGCAACAGGGGAGCUAAAGUGGCCAGCGAGACCUAGGUGGUUUGAGAGUUUUAAAAGGAGAAAUCCCCAUAUCGCCUGUAGCCGAUCACUGUAACUAAAAUCCAAUGCCAACACAACAUUCCAGAACAGGUCCCGCCCGGGUUGGGGCCACCGGCUAGGCCUUGCUGUGCCCACAGGAGGACUCAAGGAACUCAGCUCCCACAUCACACUUACUCUCUUUCCUUCUGACUCUCACUCUGUCCUUUGCUUCUCCUGUCCUCCCCCCCCACCCCCCGCCGCCUCUUUCUUCCUUACACUCCUGCUUUCACUCCCCCAAACUUCAAACAAACAGACAAACGUUUGUGGCCAUCCUCUUGACUCACAAAAUUUGGGAAUUAACGUGAAACUCUUGCUGCCUCUGAUAAGGGAUGAAUACAGGGAGAGACAAAGGGAAAGGCAGGCCAGAGAAGGAGUCUGUUGGAUUUGGUUUGGGGUUUUUUCCUCCUUCUUCUCGCUCCCUCCAAAGCGGAGGAUCCGGCCGGGCCAGUUUGGAUAUUUAUUAAGAAAAAGCCAAAGAUAAUUAACUUUUUUGUUUUUGUUUUGUUUGCGGGUGCCUCCCCUGCUGGCACUGCUGACUGCCUGGCAAAUUAAACCUGCUCCCUGCCCCGGCGGCGGCUCUGCUGUUGGCUGUCCCGACACCGCCGGGGCCCAUCAGCUGCCCACCCGGCCACCCACCUUGGGUUUCAGACCUAGGGUCGCUUUAUGCCACCACCGAUGCCACGUCCCCAGGCUCUUGUGACUUCUAGAGCAGCCUUUAGAGCUGGAGUUUGGGACCAAGGAGAGGAGAAUGGAUCUCGGUACAGCUGAAGGCACCCGGUGCACCGACCCGCCCGCAGGCAAGCCCGCAAUGGCGGCCAAGCGCAAAGGCGGCCUGAAGCUCAACGCCAUCUGCGCCAAGCUGAGCCGCCAGGUGGUGGUGGAGAAGGGGGCAGAGGCGGGCCCCCAGCCCGAGGGCAGCCCGCUGCGGCCGCGGGACCGAGAGGCCGGCGUGGCCCGGGGCGUCCGCAGCGAGGAAGACAAGAGGCGGGCGGUGAUCGAGAAGUGGGUCAACGGCGAGUACAGCGAGGAGCCCGCGCCCGCGCCCAGCCUGGGGCGGAUCGGCCGCGAGGGCCUGGAGCUGCCGCCCGAGGGCGUCUACAUGGUGCAGCCCCAGGGCUGCAGCGACGAGGAGGACCACGGCGAAGAGCCCCCCAGGGAUGGCGGCGGCGUCACGGAGGAGAAGGAGUCUGACGGGGCGGCCUCCAAGGACGACAGCGGCCCCAGUACCAAGCAGGCUUCGGGAGAGGCCUCCUCACUCCGGGACUACGCGGCUUCCACUAUGACCGAGUUCCUCGGCAUGUUUGGCUACGAUGACCAGAACACGAGGGACGAGCUGGCCAGGAAGAUCAGCUUCGAGAAGCUGCACGCAGGCUCCACCCCCGAGGUGGCCACCUCCUCCAUGCUGCCCGCCUCCGAGGAUGCCCUCAGCAAGCGGGCGCGCUUCUCCAAAUACGAGGAGUACAUCCGCAAGCUCAAGGCCGGCGAGCAGCUCUCCUGGCCGGCCCACAGCACCAAGGCCGAGGAGCGGGCGGGCAAGGACGUGGUGGGGCCCCUGCCCGGCCUGCGGCUGCCCAGCAGCACGGCGCACCUGGAGACCAAGGCCACCAUCCUGCCCCUGCCCUCACACAGCAGCGUUCCCAUGCAGGGCCUGGUGGCCCGCACCUCCAAGUACGACUUCUUCAUCCAGAAACUGAAGACGGGCGAGAACCUGCGGCCCCAGAACGGGAGCACCUACAAGAAGCCAUCCAAGUACGACCUGGAGAACGUCAAGUACCUGCACCUCUUCAAACCCGGGGAGGGCAGCCCCGACAUGGGUGGGGCCAUUGCCUUCAAGACGGGCAAGGUGGGGCGCCCCUCCAAGUACGACGUCCGGGCCAUCCAGAAGCCGGGCCCUGCCAAGGUUCCGCCCACCCCCAGCCUGGCUCCUGCACCCCUCCCCAGCGUGCCCAGUGCUCCCAGCGCCCCUGGGCCAGGGCCCGAGCCAUCUGCCUCCCUGCCCUUCAACACUCCCGAGUACCUGAAGUCGACCUUCUCCAAAACAGACUCCAUCACCACGGGGACCGUCUCCACUGUCAAGAACGGAUUGCCCACAGAUAAACCAGCUGUCACCGAAGAUGUAAACAUUUACCAGAAAUAUAUUGCCAGGUUCUCCGGCAGUCAGCACUGUGGCCAUAUCCACUGCGCCUACCAGUACCGUGAGCACUACCACUGCCUUGACCCGGAGUGCAACUACCAGAGGUUCACGAGCAAGCAGGAUGUGAUCCGGCACUACAACAUGCACAAGAAACGCGACAACUCCCUGCAGCACGGCUUCAUGCGCUUCAGCCCGCUGGACGACUGCAGCGUCUAUUACCACGGCUGCCACCUCAACGGGAAGAGCACCCACUACCACUGCAUGCAGGUGGGCUGUAACAAGGUGUAUACGAGCACGUCAGAUGUGAUGACCCACGAGAACUUCCACAAGAAGAACACCCAGCUCAUCAACGAUGGCUUCCAGCGCUUCCGAGCCACCGAGGACUGCGGCACGGCCGACUGCCAGUUCUACGGGCAGAAGACCACGCAUUUCCACUGCAGGCGCCCCGGCUGCACAUUCACCUUCAAGAACAAGUGUGACAUCGAGAAGCACAAGAGCUAUCACAUCAAGGAUGACGCGUAUGCCAAGGACGGCUUCAAGAAGUUCUACAAGUACGAGGAGUGCAGGUACGAGGGCUGCGUGUACAGCAAGGCCACCAACCACUUCCACUGCAUCCGCGCCGGCUGCGGCUUCACCUUCACGUCCACCAGCCAGAUGACCUCGCACAAGCGCAAGCACGAGCGCAGGCACGUCCGCUCCUCGGGCGCGCUGGGGCUGCCGUCCUCGCUGCUGGGCGCCAAGGACACGGAGCACGAGGAGUCGAGCAACGACGACCUGGUCGACUUCUCGGCCUUGAGCAGCAAGAACUCCAGCCUGAGCGCCUCCCCGACCAGCCAGCAGUCCUCCGCCUCCCUGGCCGCCGCCGCCGCCGCCGCCGCCGCCGAGGCCACGCCCGGUGCCGCCAAGCCUCCCAACAGCAAGAUCUCCGGGCUGCUGUCCCAGGGCCUGCCCGCUUCCAUCCCGCUGGCGCUGGCCCUCUCCAACUCAGGCCUGCCCACCGCCGCCCCCUACUUCCCUAUCCUUCCGAGCCGGGGCAGCGCCUCCUUGCCCGUGGGUGCCCCCGGCCUCCUGGGUUCCAUGUCGUCCGGGGCAGUGGCCUCGGCGGCAGCCGACACACCCACCCUGGCCGCCUCGGGAGCCGGUGACUCUGCCCCGGCCGCCGCCACCUCUGUCCCGGUGCCCCCCGCCUCCAUCAUGGAGAGGAUCUCGGCGAGCAAGGGCCUCAUCUCACCCAUGAUGGCCAGGCUGGCCGCGGCUGCCCUCAAGCCCUCUGCCACCUUUGACCCAGGAAACGGGCAGCAGGCCACCCCCGCCAGGUUCCCCCCGGCCCCGGUGAAGCAGGAGCCCGGUGAGAGCGCUGGCGCCCCGGUUCCCCACGAGGUCUCCCAGGACCGCAGUUUAGACCUGACUGUGAAGGAGCCCAGUAAUGAAUCAAAUGGCCAUGCAGUCCCGGCAAACUCGUCUCUUUUAUCCUCGCUUAUGAAUAAGAUGUCUCAGGGCAACCCCAACCUUGGCAGCCUGUUGAACAUCAAGACAGAAGCGGAGGGCAGCCCCGCCGUGGAGUCCUCGCCCUUCCUGGGCAAGGCUGUGAAGGCGUUGGUUCAGGAGAAGCUGUCCGAGCCCUGGAAGGUGUACCUUCGAAGGUUUGGCACCAAGGACUUCUGUGACGCCCAGUGUGACUUCCUUCACAAGGCACACUUCCACUGCGUGGUGGAGGAGUGCGGCGCGCUUUUCAGCACCCUGGACGGGGCCAUCAAGCAUGCCAACUUCCACUUCCGGACGGAGGGAGGAGCAGUGAAGGGAAACGCAGAGGCUCCCUUCCCCACCUCGGCUGCGGAGACCAAACCUGCCUUGGCCCCCUCGUCCCCUCCAGCGCCUCCUGUCACCACAGCCUCUCUGGAGGGUCCCACUCCCAGCCCGGCUGCCGUGCCCUCCACCCCCACGCUGCUCGCCUGGAAGCAGCUGGCUUCCACCAUACCCCAGAUGCCUCAGAUUCCAGCGUCAGUGCCUCACCUGCCCACUUCGCCCUUGGCAACGACUUCUCUAGAAAACGCCAAGCCCCAGGUCAAACCCGGAUUCCUCCAGUUCCAGGAGAACGAUCCUUGCCUCGCCACGGACUGCAAGUACGCCAACAAGUUCCACUUCCACUGUCUCUUCGGGAACUGCAAGUACGUCUGCAAAACCUCCGGCAAGGCUGAGUCCCACUGCCUGGACCACAUCAACCCCAACAACAACCUGGUGAACGUGCGAGACCAGUUUGCGUACUACUCACUUCAGUGUCUCUGUCCCAACCAGCACUGCGAGUUCCGGAUGCGUGGACACUACCACUGCCUCCGGACCGGCUGCUACUUUGUGACCAACAUCACCACCAAGUUGCCGUGGCACAUAAAGAAGCACGAGAAAGCCGAGCGGCGGGCAGCCAACGGAUUCAAGUACUUUACCAAGCGCGAGGAGUGUGGCAGGCUAGGCUGCAAGUACAACCAGGUGAACAGCCACUUCCACUGCAUCCGGGAGGGCUGCCAGUUCUCCUUCCUCCUCAAGCACCAGAUGACCUCCCACGCCCGGAAGCACAUGCGGAGGAUGCUGGGCAAGAACUUCGAUCGCGUGCCCCCCUCCCAGGGCCCCCCGAGCCUGAUGGACACGGAGACCGAUGAGUACAUGGAUUACACGGGCUGCAGCCCGGGCGCCGUGUCCUCUGAGUCGCCCACCAUGGACCGGAGCUGCUCCAGCACCCCCGUGGGCAACGAGAGCACGGCGGCAGGGAACACCAUCUCCAUGCCCACAGCCUCCGGGGCCAAAAAGCGCUUCUGGAUCAUCGAGGACAUGUCGCCGUUCGGCAAGCGGCGCAAGACGGCCUCCUCGCGGAAAAUGCUGGACGAGGGCAUGAUGCUGGAGGGCUUCCGGCGCUUCGACCUCUACGAGGACUGCAGGGACCCGACCUGCCAGUUCUCGCUCAAGGUCACGCACUACCACUGCACGCGGGAGAACUGUGGCUACAAGUUCUGCGGACGCACGCACAUGUACAAGCACGCGCAGCACCAUGACCGCGUGGACAACCUCGUGCUGGACGACUUCAAGCGCUUCAAGGCCUCGCUCAGCUGCCACUUCGCCGACUGCCCCUUCUCCGGCUCCAGCACGCACUUCCACUGCCUGCGCUGCCGCUUCCGCUGCACCGACAGCACCAAGGUGACGGCGCACCGCAAGCACCACGGCAAGCAGGACGUGAUCAGCGCGGCAGGCUUCUGCCAGUUCAGCUCGAGCGCCGACUGCGCCGUGCCCGACUGCAAGUACAAGCUCAAGUGCUCGCACUUCCACUGCACCUACCCGGGCUGCCGCCACACGGUCGUGGGCAUGUCGCAGAUGGACUCGCACAAGCGCAAGCACGACAAGCAGGAGCGCGGCGAGCCACCCGCCGCGUCCCCGGGCCCCGCCGUCGGCCUGGACAGCGCGCUGUCGCUGGGCACCGAGCCCGGGGCCCCCCUGCUCUUCCUCUCGCCCGCCGCCGCCGCUUCCGCGGGCCUGGGGCUGGGGCCGGGCGAUGAGGACGAGGAGGAGGAGCUGGAGCUGCCCGAGGAGGAGGCGGACGACGACGAGGACGACGACGAAGACGACGACGACGACGAGGAGGACGACGACGACGACGAGGACGACGACGAGGACCUGCGCACCGACUCGGAGGAGUCGCUGCCCGAGGCGGCGGCGGCGGCGGCGGCGGGGCCGGGGGCGCGGAGCCCAGAGCUGGCGGCCCCGGCGCCCGCCACAGCGUCGCCCUAGCCCGCCCGUCGGGGACGCCUCGCCCGCCCCCCUCCCGUGGUGGCCAUUGUGAUUCCUUUUGUAAGAGAUGCUAUUUAUCUGUAACGCUGCCCCCCCCCCCCGCCCCCGCCAGAGCUACGCGAUCGCACCCGGUGCCGGCGUGGGGAGGCGCUCCGGGCUCGGGGCGGCCCCGCCGGUGCUUCCGGACCCCGAGUCCGUCUCAGGACAGAGGCGGGGGCCUCCCUCUGGUGCUCCGGGGCCGCCCCCGCCCCGCCCGCGGCGCGCGGCCAGCGGCUGGAAGGACAGGCUGCGAGCGACCCUCCUCUGGCUGCACUUCGGGGAUCUUCUUCAGGGAAACAGAAGGUGCUCUUGUCCGGGGUGGGACCGAGGAGCAGGGGCCCUGAGGGCGAGGCGGGCGCGCAGACACCCGGGCAACCGCCCCGCGCGCCCCUCCCCGCGGCCGGACCCCGGGCCCCGCGACCACGCCGGUGGGAUUCCUCAUUGCUCAGGACUGGGAAGGGCGCCGGGGGUCACCGCGACCCCCAGCCCUCACCCCCAGAGGCGGGCCCCACUAGCAUCUGGCAGGGCCUCCCAUUCACGCAGCUAAGACCCUCCCUCCUGGCCCCGGGGGGCGGGGGAGGGAGGGGCAGAGGCGCCAGCGCCGGCGACACUGCAGGGACCGCGGAGGAAACCUCACGGAAUUGGCAGAGCAGGGGCGCUGGGCCCCGCCGCUGGGCCCUGCCCCGGUGUCUGCUCCCGAGGGCUGGGGCCUGGAAGAGGCGCGUCUCGGCCGCCCGGGGACUCCCAGGCCCCAGCCUCUGCCCACGGAGGGCUGAGGCUGUGUCCGCUUCCAUACCUAAGAGCGGCAGGUGCUGGCGUGCUGUGCCCGGCAGGGGUCUCAGCCACCCACGUGGUGGGAACAGGAAGGAUACCACUGUUUGGGGCUUUAAUAUUCAAAAUGGGGAAAAAAAUGCGAGAAAGUUGUACAGUAUUUUUCCUGUAAAGGUUAUUAUUCUACAUAGAACAAAAAGAAAAAAAAAAGGCAGGUGGGCCGCGAGAGCACAGGCCCGCCUCGGACCAGCCCUGAGGUUGGAGACCGAGUGCAAUCGCUCACGUGGGAUUUCGUUUCGCAUUUAUUUUAGAGGCCUUACCAGUUUGAGGCUGUCUGUCUUUACACUAGCACUGACGGGAGCUGCGUGAUUCCAACUUUUAACUUGAAUUUUGUAGAAACAAGAAAAAGGACUAUUACUGUUGAUACAAGUUUGUAGUUAACAUUUGAGUUUUUCUCUAUUGGUUAUGCGUGUGGCUUUAUAGGGCUUUUUUUUUUUUCCCUCAGUUUUUAUUAUUUUGUUUGGGAUGCUUCUUUGCCAGUGCAACCCACCCAGACUUGGGUCCCUUUUCAAAACACCCCCACUUCCUGGAGAGGAUGAGGCCACCAAGCCCAGUUUGGGGGGGUGGGCGCCUGGCUGGUACACACCAGGCCACGGGCUCUGAGGGCGACAGGGACCCAGCACAGGCGACCCAAGCUUCCCGUGUCUCCAGUCCCGGCCACCAGCCUGGCUCAGGUUGGACCCUGAGACUCUGUCGCAGGGAGAGAGCCAAGCCCAGCCUAGAGGAGGCCUGUCUCCCAGAACCUUCUCCCCACAGAUCUCCAAGGGGAGCCCCACCUGAUGGUGGGGAGGUGGGCACUGGUUUUCUUUUUUUUUCUUUUUGUCCUUGUGUGUGUGCGUGUGUGUGUGUGUGUGUGUGUGUGAGUGUGUGUGUGUGUGUGUGUGUGUGUGUGUGUGUGUCCUCUUGGCUGCCCACAGCCAGAGAGCCGGGAUCAUCUGCACUGGACAGAGGGAGCAGGGAGGGAGGAGUGGUCAGACGGAGCGUACCUGAUUCAACAGGGAGCAAAUCGUUUCCUAAAACGUGUCCCCUACCAGAGCCUCCUGAAUUCUGUGGGCGCCUCGCGCUGCUGCUGACAUUCGCCCAGGCUCUGUGCCCUACCACAGAGCUGCUGGGUGUGUGGAGGGAGUUUUGUAAAGGAAAAAAAACAAAAGCAAAAAACAAAACACAAAAACAUUUUUCAAUGUAGCAAAAUUAAACAAAACAAGACAAAAACAAAAAAGACAAAAAAAAAGAAAAAAGAAAAAAGAAGAUGCCGACAGUGGGAAGUCUAGCCUUUUGUAAACUCCAUAUUGCACACUAGGACUAUAAGCCAUUGCUAGCUCAUUUUGAAUUUUAAUGUGUAAUUUUUGUUUUAUUUUCUUUCUGUGGGGAAAACAAUGCUUGAUCCACCAAUGCUCUUUUUAAUGUUUUAUAACUAUGUAUGUGUAUAUAUAUAAAUAUAAAAUAAUAUGUAUGCACAUAUGUGUGUGUAUAUAUCUAUAUGUAUAUACAUAUAUAGAUAUAUAGAGAUAUAUAGAGAGGUUUUGAGACGAAAAAUGCAGAACGUGAAAACCGAACUGAACAGCGUGUGCUCUGAUUACUUGAAUCUGGUCUCCUCGGCACCUGGUUAUUAAGAACUGAAUAUUUUUCCACUUGAAUUUAGUGCUAUUAGAAAUUUAAUAUAUGUGUUUUAUUUAUUUGAUUUUUUUUUUUUUUUGCAUGACUGAUGCAAGGUUUGACAUUUUCACUCAAUAAAAACUGGAAAAAAAAAUCUA